AUGAGGAAUCGCUCAGUGGUGACUGAGUUUGUCCUGCUGGGCAUCCCAMACACAGAGGRCCUGGAGACCAUGCUYUUUGUCCUGUUUUUGUCCUUUUAYRUCUUCACCCUCAUGGGGAACCUGCUAAUCUUGCUKGCAAUUAUYUCCUCYACUCGGCUUCAYAMCCCCAUGUACUUCUUCCUGUGCAAGCUAUCUAUUUUUGACAUAUUUUUCCCUUCUGUGAGUUCUCCCAAGAUGCUGUUCUACCUGUCAGGGAACAGCAGAGCCAUCUCCUAUGGGGGCUGUGUAUCCCAGCUCUUCUUCUACCAUUUUCUGGGCUGCACUGAGUGUUUUCUGUACACAGUGAUGGCCUACGACCGCUUUGUUGCCAUAUGUUUCCCUCUACGCUACACCAUAAUCAUGAGCCACAGAGUGUGCGCCAUCUUGGCUGCAGGGACCUCAUUUUUUGGCUGCAUUCAGGCCACCUUUCUGACCACUCUCACCUUCCAGCUGCCCUACUGUGGUCCCAAUGAGGUGGACUACUACUUCUGUGACAUCCCAGUGAUGCUGAAGCUGGCUUGUGCGGACACCUCAGCUCUGGAGAUGGUGGGGUUCAUCAGUGUUGGCCUCAUGCCCCUCAGUUGCUUCCUCCUCAUCCUCACCUCCUACAGCUGCAUUGUCUGCUCCAUCUUGCAGAUCCGCUCUGCAGAGGGCCGACGCCGUGCCUUCUCCACCUGCAGUGCCCACCUCACGGCCAUCCUGCUUUUCUACAUGCCAGUGGUCCUCAUCUAUCUAAGGCCAACCCCAAGCCCCUGGCUGGAUGCAACUGUUCAGGUCCUGAAUAACUUGGUCACUCCCAUGCUAAACCCUUUGAUCUAUAGUCUGAGAAACAAGGAGGUGAAAUCAUCCCUGAGGAAGGCCCUCCACCUGAUUGGCUUCCUUCCUGAAUAA